AUGCGCUACACGGGACGGAAAAUGCAUCACAAACAACAACAUCGUUCUCUGGGACGUCCAGCAAAUAGCAAAAAAGUGUCUAUACCUAAGAAAAACAAAACAUUUAGAGGUGAAAAUUGCAAUUUUACUAACCCCAAACUAAUGAAUGGUGACGCUGUCAUUGAUCCUGUAGCGAAGAUUGCUAACAAUAGGAACAGGAGGAGCACGAAUUUGACGCUUGCUUCAUCAAAGGGCAAGCAAUUAAUGAUGGAAAUACAACGAGGAGACGAUAAACAGCAAACUUGUGAAAAUCGGAACAAUCUGUUAUUACUAAUCGAAUGGCUGUCGCUGGAUAAUCCGCGAGUCUAUUGCUACAAAGAAAGGACGGCAAAAGUAGACGGAAAAUUAUUAAUCGCCCCGUGCGGAUUAAUAAGUAUAUUUGAAAUUGAUAGAAUUAGUGCAGCACUAGAAAUACUAGCACAGAAUCAACAAACAGCCAAUUCAGUUCCUAAACCACAAGAAACCUUAAGUAUUUGGGACGACUCAGUCAACGAGGAGAGGAAUUAUCAGAACAACUUAAAGGAAAAUUCGAAAGAGCGACAGCGUUCGUACAAGUAA